GCGGUGCCUCGACGGGAGCGAGCCGGUUUGUUGAUUUGAAAUAACAGUGAAGCUACUAUUUCGUCAAACAAAUAAACUAAAAUCUAGUUUUGGACGUAGAACUUUGUGAAUUGCGGACGCAUUGUGAAGUUUUACAACUGUUUCGUGUGGACUGUACCCGGAGAAAAGAAAUGCGCUGAGAUGGGUCCAGGCGAUGGUUCUCCGCGAAGAACUCCGGAUCUGCCGCCGAUGCCGCCACCUAUACAACCAUGCAGCGGUUUCCUUGGCAAUGGAAAAACGGUUAUCCGACCGAUAGCGUUCAAGCCGUUGGGCGGGCGGCUCUCUGCGGGCGGGGAGCGAUAUGGGUCUACUCCAGUGUUGGCGAGUCGUCCACCGUCACUUAUGACUUUAUAUGGUAGUUCCUCAGACGUCCGAGACGCUCGUUGGUGUGGGUCCCCACAGCCAGCAUCGCUGUCCGCCUUGCCACCUCCUCCGCUCUCCGCACCUCUUCAUCAAAGGCAUCACUCCGCUAUAGUAACAAAGUCCAGUGGCGGUCUGGUGGACAGCAAGGAGCCUGUGCCUGCUCCUUCACCAGCUGACUCCGGAGUCUCCGAACUUGAGAGGGAUCAGCAUGAUUAUAGUACAACAGACCGCUUCCGCAACCACGACGCACGUCUACGUGCUCCCCGACUCAUGCUACAGACGUACGGUGGAAGAACGAGAGACGAAAGAGACAGUGAACUAGCUAGAGUUAGAAGAGAUAGAGCGCUAUUGAGGCAGAGAUUAGAGGAUACAGAAUGGAGUCUCUGUCAACGAGCUGGAGAGAUUGCUCUAUUGAAGACACAGCUUAAGGAUGCUCAGAACGAACAAACUACUAAAGGCCACGAGUAUCUCACACUCAAAGCUGAUUGCCGCCAACUCCGUGAAACCCUUGACAAAAAAGAAAAAGAGAUAAUGAGACUCCGAGCGGAAUCGGAAGACAAACAAAAAACAAUAAAAAGACUGCAAUCCGAUGUCGACAGACUUACUAAAGAUCUAAAAGAAAACGUCACUGAUUUGAACAAGAAUAAGGAGUCCAGCAAAAACGAAAUAGACAAGUUGAAGACUGAAUUGAAGGAACUGAGACAAGAGCUGUCUGACGUGUCUCUUAGUGGAUACGAGGGAAUCGAUUGUGGAAGGACUAUGAGGGGCAUUUACGAAGUCUGCAAAACAGAAUACUGGUCGGCCAACGACAGUGCGCUAGACGCCGAAGUACAGAGACUUAACGGUGAACUCCCCGACCCGUGCAACGAAGCCUGCCCAGCGAGUGCAAUGGUAGACAGGCUGAAAUGCGAACUAGAAUCUAAGGAAACCCAAUUCAACAAUGAGAGAAGGAAAUGGUCAGAGGAAAAGGACAAAGUGCUCCGGUACCAGAAGCAAUUGCAAAUGAACUAUGUGCAGAUGUUUAAACGCUCGCGCACCCUCGAGGCGGAGAUCGAUGGGCUGAGAUUGGAAUUGGAACUUUGUAAUAAAAACAUGAAGAACAUGAACCACGGAAAGACCAUUGAGUUGUAAACCAAAUGUUUAAAGUUAUUAUUUAUUUAGACUUUGUAAAUAUUCUUGCCGAUGUCGACUUAAUACUCAAUAGAGUAAAUUGUACAUUGCUAGGUUAGAGAGAUUAAUAGUAUUUUUAUAAGAGUUUUCAUAUAGUUAAUAAAAGUACCUUUAUA